AUGGUUUUGGAUGAGAACGACCUGAUCGAAACAGAAGUGGACCCUAAGGUCAUAGAGAUGGUGGAUCCCAAGGCACGAGAGUUGCCUAAGGCACCAGAGUGGUUAAUACGACACAAAACCAGUACCACGACGGUAUAUCACAAGACCGGGAAAACGGACCCAAAGAACCCAAGAAGAUCGGCGGCUGAAGAAAACCCAAUUGAGAAGGGGACCGACGCUAACCCCCCGGGACCAAGCAAGCCUACGAAGCAUAAGAGGCAAGCGGAAAAGGACCAAUUAGAAAUGGAACGAGCGCGAAAAACGAAGAAAAAUUGUAUAGCUGAGUACAGCGAAGACGAAGAAACGGAACGAGCGCGAAAAACGAAGAAAAAUCGAAUAGUCGAGUACAGUGAAGACGAAAGCGACGAAGAUGAGGAGAGCGAAUGGACAGUCGUGGGGCGCGCAGGCGAAGCCGAGAAAACUGCAGCGUGCGGAGCGAACGAACCGUCGGGAACGGAUAAAAACAGACACCGAAAACCGUCGGUAAUAAAAGGAAGCCAUUUGGUGAAGGUAUUGAGCUGUGGGUGGGCCAAGGACUCGAAACACCUGGUGAGUGCGGGGAGGGAUGGGAAGUUGAUGGUGUGGGACACCUACUCGGACCACAGAGUCCACUCCAUCCCCCUUAAGAGCAACUGGAUCAUGUCCUGCUGCUUCUCACAGAAAAGCGCCAGAUUCGUCGCCAGCGGAGGAAUGGACAAUGUAUGUACAGUCUAUGCUCUGCAUGCUAGAAAAGACAACGUGUACACUUCGCAGGAGUUCAGCGAGCACACUGCCUUCGUGUCCUGCUGCAGAUUCAUAGACGACACUGACGUCAUCACUGCCUCGGGGGACAGAACUGUCAUGUUGUGGGAUGUGUCCACCGGCAAGAGGAAGUCGGAGUUCACUGGCCAUAGCGAUGACAUCAUGUCCCUCUCAGUAGCGCCUGACAAGAGGACCUUCAUCACUGGGGCAUGUGACGCCACAGCCAGAUUGUGGGACAUCCGAGAUGGAUUCUGUCGGCAGAGUUUCGCGGGCAUGACGGAAAUCCACGUGAACCAAGUUGUGUAUCACCCGACCAAUCUGGCGUUUGCCUGUCUGGCCGAUAUGGAGGACGACCCGACUGCCCCGGCCGACAGCUGCAUGUGUUUGUUUGACCUCCGAUCCGACAACAAAAUAGGAGAGACACGAGCGUACAGAUAUCGCUACACGAGUAUGGACUUCACGAGGAGUGGCAGACUGGCAGUGGUGGGCACUACGGCAGACCCCGCCCUGUUCAACCCAGCCGCACAGAGCGGACCCAGCAAGAUGAUAGUCUACGAUGCUCUCAAGCUCAGCGAAAAGGAUGUUAUCUUUGCCAUAGUGCAACGCAGUUACUCGACCAAGAGGGUGGUGCCCAAGAGGGCUGCUGGGAUCGACGAUCCAAACCAGAUCCCCAAUCCGUAA